AUGAGUUGCGACUUUCGACAAAAUGAUGUCUCUGAGUUUGAUUGCAGUUCCAAGAUUGUAGCCCAUUUAUUAUAUGAGGCUUUGCUAAGGAACAUUGUGAAUGUCCUUAGCCGUAAAUGUCCUUUAUCAUUUCAGCCGAAUCUUUAUAAGAAAUUUUCGAACACGAUGUUCUUCGCUCAUAAGUACUCUAAUUCAAUAAACAGAAUCCUUAAUAGAGCUGGAUCGAAUGGCAACUCAUCUGAAAAAAUGUUAAACGACCUGAUUUGUCAAAAGACCAGGAAUUGCUUACGAAGAAAUUUAAGGAAAAAUGAACUCUAUAGUGGACUUUAUGAAUACGAAACAAUGGUUAAUGAAGUUACUAAUCGAACUGAAAAUGAUGAGAUCGAAGAACAUAAAAUAAAUCAAAGCUCAACGUUAAACUCGUCACCUCCAUAUGCUAUUUCAUAUCCCUCUUUGCCGACGGAAGCCUUUACAAGUUAUGAGUCGAGCACCACGCUACAGGAAACUGUAUCUUCAGAUACAAUUUUAUCGUCGGAUAAUUUUCUGAAUGAAGUACUAUCAUCUCAUUCCAAGUGA